CACACAGAAACGGCGUGUGCCUCUCAAAACAGGCACAUACCAACAGGUCCUAUGAGUAAAGCAAAGACUCUGGGCAGCGGCUACUCGGCUCGGCUAACUAGCGGCACAUCAUAGCUCCACCAUCGGCCAUCAGAACCUGGGAAAAGUCAUGGAGGAAUGUUGACCUAAAGACUCUGUGCAGAUAGUCUGUCAUUUUGGGCUUUUGUUGUGGCACGGAGAGCUGAAGAAAGCAGCUCGUGUUACAGAUGUACUCGAACUAAUUACUGAAUUCAUUGUGGUGUUAUUCAUGCUAUAUCUAAAGUAUGUAUAGACUAUUUAUCGGCGUAUUUAUUAAACAGGACAAGAGGAACGCAGGCUUGUGUUCUUUAUUAUUUUUUCAGGAGUGGCACUAGCCAUUUACUGAGGCGAAAGGCACUGGCCUGUGCCUGUGGAGCUAUGAUGUGCCGCUAGGAGCUGUUGGUACGUGCCUGUUUUGAGAGGCACACGCCGUUUCUGUGUGGCAGGUGCCACUGGCGAGUGCCAUUAACCGAGUGGCACGAGCGGCAUGUGCCACUCGUUACCAGUUAUCGGUGGCAGGUGCCAUUCGCUAAGUGGCACAUGCCAGCGCGUGCCAUUUCCGGACGGCGGAGUUGCCACUUCCUGCUGCCAGAUGCCACUUCGGGACUGAACCCCUGCAGAAAAGGGGAAGAUCUACAAACCGCCGCCGGUCAGAGAGGGUUUUCUCUCGGGCUGAACCUUCAGUGUGCUGGUAUAUUAAACUCGCGGGGACGAGUUCGUGACCAGCAGGGUUUUAGGCUGAGUCAAAAAUCAAGGCUGUACUACAGGAGAUGACAUGGAAAGGACAGUCAGUUCGCGCUACCCUGUGGUUGACGUGAGAGGGAUUCCCUUACCGGAGCCCAUAGCCAGACACUUCGGCAGAGUUGAGAGAUUUCAAGCGUUUAAGGAUGAUUUGCUUGUUGCCACAUACCCUAAAGCAGGCACUACGUGGACACAGGAAGUAGUGGAUCUGAUUCUAAAUGAAGGUAAUGAAGAGAAAUGCAGGCGAGCUCCCACCCACGUCCGCAUGCCCUUCUUUGAGAUGACCUCUUCGGAUCCCUCCAUCUCUGGCAUGAGUAAACUAGAGAAGAUGGAUCCUCCUAGGGUUAUCAAAACUCAUCUACCCAUCCAGCUUGUACCUCAGUCAUUCUGGGAGGCGGGGUGCAAGGUGAUAUAUGUGGCUCGCAAUCCUAAAGACACUGUGGUGUCAUACUUUCAUUUUGAUCGCAUGAACCUUACCCAGCCAGAGCCAGGACCGUGGCCGGAGUAUCUAGAAAAGUUCAUGAAAGGACAACUAGGCUGGGGCUCCUGGUAUGAUCAUGUCAAAGGAUACUGGAGAGAAAAGCAAAACAAGAACAUUCUCUACCUCUUUUAUGAAGAUAUGAAAGAGAACCCUGCUCGGGAGGUGGUCCGCAUUGCUGAGUUCCUAGGACACUACUUAUCAAAGAGUAUGGUUGGUGAUAUUGUGAAAAUGACCACAUUUGCUGCAAUGCAAAAGAACCCUAUGGCCAAUUACUCAACAGUGCCUGAUAGCAUAUUUGAUCGUAAAGCUUCAGAAUUCAUGAGAAAAGGCGAGGUUGGUGACUGGCGAAAUCACUUCAGUCCACAAGAAAACGCUGUGUUUGAAGAGCACUACCACAAAACAAUGGCUGAUACUCCUAUUCCUUUUCGAUUUUCUUUAUGUGAAAAAAAACUCACAAGCUCACUGUAGGACUCUAUGGUAGGGUGUAAGAAAAUAUUGAUACACUUGAGUAUCGCAAUAUAAUGUUUUGUGAUACUGUAUUGAUUCUUAAAAACACAGUAUUGAUUUUUAAUUAGUGGUUUAAACACCAAACCACUAGUUGGCAGUGUUGUAAUCUAUCUUCAGCCAUCACAUUCUUCCUCUCCAGCGUAAACAAGUACAGUAAGGGCGCACUGCUAAUGUUGGCAUUAGCUGACUAGUAACGCUAUCAUCGAUGGCUGAAUCCGAAAGACCAGUAUUCUAACAGUUUGUCCUACCUAUCAAGCUAGCAUGCCCAUAUCAAUACUAUAGCGUAGUAACUUGUGUUUUUACGUUAAUUCAGCCUUACUUCAAGUCUAUUGUAUUGUUCAGUUUAAUAUCACUGCUUACCCUCUGAUAAAGUGAUUUAGGUUCUCAAAAGAUCCUACUUAUUCUUUUAAUGCUGGUGACAUUUUCUGAUAAAGAGAUUUAGACAAGGCUGAAGUCAGCUUCUUAUUUACCGGCUUCUUGUUUGAAUUUACCUGUCCCACCUUAAAUGGUGCAGUAGUUACAUUCUUGCACACCAGACGCCGCGUUGCGUAGCGGAGUGCUGCUAUAGAAUGCUGGCAGGGAGAACCCAAAAACGCGUCCAUCCACUAACUUAUGCAAUAACCAGUGACGUUAGCCUACAUUAUGCUAGCUUAGCUGUUAAAAGAAAUUCAGGUUCAUUUUUACACUCUACUUGCAUAAACUGAAUGAAACAUAACUCAUCACACUUGGCAUGCAUGACUUUCUUUCUACAGACUGGCUGUUUUUGAGCUGAAAGAUACGAGCUGAAAAAGGCUCAGGCAGUAACGUUAACUGUAGUAACUUAUGAUCAUUUGUCUGUUUACCUAAAAGACUGGCUGCCUUUCUCUGUGUAAAUUUCAAGCCACAUGAUCUACUGUGGAUUUCUGCUGUCUCAAUAGGACUUUAACUUAAUGUAGUAAUGGCUAAAUGCUGCAUAGUGCUGUGAUGUGAAGUGCUGAGAAAUUGAACAGUGUUCAGUGUGCGCACCUCCGUUAAAAUUGUUUCAAAUUUUUUGUACGCUGUGCGACGCGGCACGUCCUGUGUGCAGUGGCCAUUGUAAUAAUAACUGCUGCACCAUUUAAGCUAGAACAGGAAAAUUCAAACAAGAGGCUGGCGAAUAGGGUUGUGACUUGGGCCAUCAAAAUGUCCUGCCUAUGGUUUUAUGUAGGGAGCUACCUAUAUUUAUGAUCUGUGGUAGGACAUGCAUCAGAACAAGGCCUUCGUAAUAUGGUUAAUACAGUGGAGCCUCGUUACACCAUACCCUCUCAACAACGUAUUACUGACAACGCUGCGCCCAAGUUGUACAAAAAGGUACAAAUAACCUUUUAUUUUAUUAUUUACUGAUACAGGCAAAUAUUAAUUCCUUUGUUCAGAUUGCACAAAAAAUAGUGCUAUGAUGUUAGAUGUUACAGGGACCAUGAUACAUGCAAAUGCAGAUACAACUGUUCUGAUUGCAUAAAAAGUAAAUUUUUUCCUUUACUCAGAUUUAUGCACAUGGUGGUGUUUUUUAAUAUUUAGCAGUUUUCACCUUUCUUACAGUAGCACAGUAUACUGCAGUAUAGUGAAUCGCGACCCCUGUGUUGUGAUACAUAUUGUAUUGCCAGGUUCUUGUCAGUACACAACCCUACUUUAUGGACAGUUUAUUGGGUUGGCAGCAGGGCCUCUCUGUCUUUUUAUAAUCAAAACAAUGGUUUAAGCAGUCUAAAAGCAACUGAACUGGAAUUGCAGUUAGCAAAUGCUUGGUUUCAAAUAUCUGAGGUUUCAUUAUUGGUAUUCAGCUUGAAUCUUGGAAAAUACCUGAUCUAAAGUGGUAUCUCCUACCUUAUUGUGAGUCUGAAUGUUGGAUUUGCUGAAUAAAGAAUUAUACUUUACAGUUCACAGGUUUGGAAUCACUUGCCAUAUUAAACAUUUUUUGUUAUUUUGUAUAUAUCAUUAACUUAUACAAUGGAUUUAGAUAUUAAAAACCAUUCACCAAAACAUUUUUAGAUUUUUUUUUUUUAAUAUUUCAAGGAUCCUAUGAACAAAAAGUCAGCAAAGGUGUCAUGGGGUCUCCCCUCUGGAAAGACAACGCAUGGACUUCCCCAUCUGGGACUGGCCCACUCCAGUUCAAGCUCCUUUUAUGUCUCAAUGUUUUACAGCUUUCUCAUCCAUUUUAGGCUCUUCUACAGCUCGAUUCAUGAUUCUGGACAUGUAAUAUUUCUUAGUUUUUAUAUAAAGCUAAACAAUGUUCUACUGAAACCUGUGAGGUUGCACUGGACUAACACAUUAGAAUCAACGUAAACAUUUGUAAUCAAAUUGGUUUUAUUUUAUUGAAAAACAGUGAUUACAAAUCUUUCAUUUGGAUAUUUUUAAAUAAAGCUUUUUUCUUGAAAAAA